UGGGGGUCGGAGCCAACAUGGAGCCCUCAAUGGGGUGAAGGUGAAACUGCCAUUGCUGGUGGCUCCUGUUCUCCCGCCCCAUCAUGUUGGUGCACUUAUUUCGGGUUGGGAUUCGGGGCGGCCCUGUCCCAGGCAGGCCGCUACUACCCUUCUGCUUCCAGACAUUCUCGGCCGUCAGGUGCCCAGAGGGCCACCACAGCUCCUGCCUCCUCAGGGCUGUGGCCCAGCUGCGCUCCCAGCUCCGGGCCCGCCUUCCGCGAGCGCCCCCAGCUCCCCACCGAAGCCCUUCCGCCUGGCGCUGGGUUGGGGGCGUCCUCCUGGGCCCCGUGGUGCUGAGUAAGUGCCCCCGCCUCUGUCUUGUGGCGCUGUGUGAGGCAGAAGAGGCCCCUCCUGCCUGCUCCAGACCCUGUGUCACGGAGUCCCGCUUUAACUGGAAGCUCUUCUGGCAGUUUCUGCGUCCCCACCUGCUGGUCCUGGGGGUAGCCAUUGUGCUGGCACUAGGUGCGGCACUGGUGAACGUGCAGAUCCCCCUGCUCUUGGGCCAGCUGGUGGAGAUCGUGGCCAAGUACACGAGGGACCAUGUGGGCAGCUUCCUGACUGAGUCCCGGAACCUCAGCACUCACCUGCUCAUCCUCUACGGCAUCCAGGGACUGCUGACCUUCGGGUACCUGGUGCUGCUGUCCCGCAUCGGCGAGCGCAUGGCCGUGGACAUGCGGAGGGCUCUCUUCAGCAACCUGCUCCGACAAGACAUUGCUUUCUUUGAUGCUAAAAAAACAGGGCAACUGGUGAGCAGAUUGACAACUGACGUGCAGGAAUUUAAAUCAUCCUUCAAACUUGUCAUCUCCCAGGGGCUGCGAAGCUGCACCCAGGUGGCUGGCUGCCUGGUGUCCCUGUCCAUGCUGUCCACGCGCCUCACGCUGCUAUUGAUGGUGGCCACACCCGCCCUGAUGGGAGUUGGCACCCUGAUGGGCUCAGCUCUCCGAAAGUUAUCUCGUCAGUGUCAGGAGCAGAUCGCCAGGGCAACGGGAGUAGCGGAUGAGGCCCUGGGCAACGUUCGGACCGUGCGAGCCUUUGCCAUGGAGCAGCGGGAGGAGGAACACUACGGAGCAGAGCUGGAGGUGUCCCGGUGUAAGGCAGAGGAGCUGGGCAGAGGCAUCGCCUUGUUCCAAGGGCUGUCCAACAUCGCCUUCAACUGCAUGGUCCUGGGCACCCUGUUUAUUGGGGGCUCCCUCGUGGCUGGACAGCAGCUGACGGGGGGAGACCUCAUGUCCUUCUUGGUGGCUUCCCAGACAGUGCAGAGGUCCAUGGCCAACCUCUCUGUCCUGUUUGGUCAGGUGGUUCGAGGACUCAGCGCGGGCGCCCGGGUCUUUGAGUACAUGACUCUAAGCCCGAGCAUCCCGCUGUCCGGGGGCCACUGCGUCCCCAGGGAGCACCUGCGAGGGUCUGUCACAUUUCACAACGUCUGUUUCAGUUAUCCCUGCCGCCCCAGCUUCCAGGUGCUCAAAGACUUCACCCUCACGCUGCCCCCCGGCAAGAUUGUGGCCCUUGUGGGCCAGUCUGGGGGAGGAAAGACCACCGUGGCUUCUCUGCUUGAGCGCUUCUACGACCCCACAGCGGGCAAGGUGACGCUGGACGGGUGGGACCUGCGCACCCUGGACCCCUCGUGGCUCCGGGGCCAGGUCAUCGGCUUCAUCAGCCAGGAGCCAGUCCUGUUCGGAACGACAAUCAUGGAGAACAUCCGUUUUGGGAAGCUGGAUGCCUCCGAUGAAGAGGUUUAUGCGGCUGCCCGGGAAGCCAAUGCCCAUGAGUUCAUCGCCAGCUUCCCCGAGGGCUACAACACCAUAGUCGGUGAGCGGGGUGCGACCCUGUCUGGUGGCCAGAAGCAGCGCUUGGCCAUCGCCCGCGCCCUCAUCAAGCAGCCCACGGUGCUGAUCCUGGACGAGGCAACCAGCGCACUGGACUCAGAGUCUGAGCGGGUUGUGCAGGAGGCCCUGGACCUUGCCAGUGCUGGCCGCACUGUCCUGGUCAUCGCCCAUCGGCUCAGCACUGUACGUGGGGCCCACCGCAUCGUCGUCAUGGCCCACGGCCGUGUCUGUGAGGUGGGGACCCACGAAGAGCUCCUGAAGAAAGGUGGGCUCUAUGCAGAGCUCAUCCGGAGACAGGCCCUGGAUACCCCACCUCCUGAGACGCCCAGUGGCCCCAGGAACCGCCACCCCAAGUCCUGAUUAUGGCCUUCUAAGGGUGGCCUCUCUGAAUCCUGCCUCCCCACCCCAGGAAAGUAGUGAGACCCAUGGCGAGUGCUGGGCAGGAAGGCCCUGCAGUGGGCUGCACACUGGCCAUGGAGCCUUGACCUCAGCCCUGGCUCCCGCAGCUAGUCAAGGUAGAUCGUAAGUCUGGCUGUGCUUCGUCUUGAAAGGUUGUUUUAAGAGUUUAAAUGGGAUAAUCUGUGGGAAAGUACUCAAAACUCACAAUGCUGCAGCCUCAGAAGGUGGUCAUAUCUGUGCAAUAAACCCUG